GUUGCCGACCCCUGAUUUAGGCAAACGUCUUUUUGUUGGAAACCCCGUAGAUUCCGUUUCAGGGGCACGAGUGAGUGGGUGUCAAUGUCGACCGUGUGGCCAUGCUGAGCUGGAUAAGGAUCGAGUUUUGACGAUUUGUCGAGUAUUUAUUUGGCUAAAAGGGGGAGGAUUGAGAAGAGGAGGACACUCCGUUCACCCUGAAAAGGCCAAAACGUGGAGAGGUCAACCAUGUUCCAGAUUAUCCACAACACCAUGACCAUUCUACUCUUGAAGAGGAAAGAGUUGCUCUGGUCCAUGAAACAAAAAAGAAAGCGACAUUGAUACGGCACAAGAUGGAGCUGACAUUUUCCCUUAGGCGGAGAGACGUAGUAGAGGGGCAGCCUAUGGUAUCCAAAGUCCAGCAGAAAUGGCCUGCACUGUUUUCCUGUGAAGAGAUAUCUGAAGAAUUUCAUGGCAUCACCAGCAAAGACCUCCUGAAGACUUUCAAUGAGUCCCUUGAGAAUUAUGUGCCUCGCCUGCUCAGACUGUACCGGGCUAGAAAGGGAGAUUUUGGUCAGCAAAUAGAAGACUUCCUGGAUAAGCUUGAUGAACAGACAUCAGACAUUGUGUCUCACCAAAGAUGACAGCACUGAGAUGCCUCCCCGUUUUUGUCCGGGACGACACAACUAAGUUUUUCCUGCAGCAUUUGGAAACUGACCCUGAAGAAAGAGUGCUCAGAGGCGUGUCUGUUGGCAUCCUUACAAUCCUUGAAGAAGAUGAUCCUGCUGUAUCACCCAACGUACGGGACUGGGCUGUUGUGUUGGAAGGUUCCAUCGUGCAACAUGACCUGCCAGACCUCGCUGAGUCAGCGGUCCGACUUCCUGGCUGACGUCAUGGCGGCCUCAGACUGGAACCAGAUGGGAUUCUUCCCCUCCACCGCCUCCUGAUGCACUUCCCUAAAAAGGCGAGACAUAAAAGCCGCACGCCGACCUUCCUGUUUAUUGACGGAGGACCUGGGAGGACGUGAAGGAACUUGGACCCAUCGCUGCUGGACUUGAGGAUGUGGUGCUGUGUUUACCUGUCGCUGCUGGCCGCCUCGGCGCUGGCCCACCUGGACCAGGUGACCCUGGACGGCCACUGGGAGGAGUGGAAGAUGACCCACGAACGAGAGUACAACGGCCUGGACGAGGAGGGUAUCCGUCGGGCCAUCUGGGAGAAGAACAUGCUGAUGAUCCAGGCCCACAACCAGGAGGCGGCGCUGGGCCUGCACACGUACGAGCUGGGCAUGAACCACCUGGGCGACAUGACGUCGGAGGAAGUGGUGGACAGGAUGACGGGCCUGCAGGUUCCUGUCAACCGUGAGCGAGGCUUCACCAUGGAGCUGGACCAGCAGGACUACCGCCUGCCCAAGUCUGUGGACUACCGCAAGAAGGGCAUGGUGACGCCCGUCAAAGACCAGGGCUCCUGCGGCUCCUGCUGGGCCUUCAGCUCCGCCGGCGCCCUGGAGGGCCAGUUGGCCAAGACCACGGGUCAGCUGAGGGACCUGAGUCCUCAGAACCUGGUGGACUGCGUGACGGAGAACAGCGGCUGCGGAGGAGGGUACAUGACCACCGCCUUCAAGUACGUGCGGGACAACGGCGGCAUAGACUCGGAGGAGUCCUACCCGUACGUGGGCCAGCAGCAGACGUGCCGCUACAACUCGUCGGGCACGGCGGCGGAAUGCCGGAGCUUCAAGGAGGUCCCCGAGGGCAACGAGCACGCCCUCGCCGUGGCGCUCUACAAAGUCGGACCCGUUUCCAUCGGCAUCGACGCCGCGCAGGGAACCUUCCAGUUCUACCAGAGAGGUGUUUACUACGACCCCAACUGCAACAAGGACGACAUCAACCACGCCGUGCUGGCGGUGGGCUUCGGCGUGACGCCCAAGGGGAAGAAGUACUGGAUCGUCAAGAACAGCUGGAGCGAGGGCUGGGGUAAGAAAGGCUACGUCCUGAUGGCGCGGAACCGCGGGAACCUGUGCGGCAUCGCCAACCUGGCCAGCUACCCCACGGUGUGACGUCACCGUGGCGACGCGACUCCCUUUUGAGCCGAGUCAGCAGUAAAGCGCGCACAUGAAAAAAAAGCGUCGCUGGGCGACGCAAUUCAGCACUUUCUGAUUAUUAUUAAAGUGUAAAAUAUUUUGUAUGAAAUGAAAUAAACUCGUUG